AUGACCCGUGCCUGGAGCAGCCUUGUGUCCACGGAGGAACGUGCCGCUUCUCACUCGCAGGGAAUCGUUCUGGGUAUCAGUGCCAGUGUCCACGGGGAUUUCUGGGACUACAUUGUGAACGAAGGAUUUGCAAGCCUGAAGAAAACAAUUGUAAAAAUGGAGGAACUUGCGUUGAUUUGUCGAAACGAGAGGAACGUGUUUUGGUCUGUUUGUGUCCCGACGGAUUCGAUGGACCACAGUGCGAAUUGUUGCCAGACGUUUGCGUCUCAAAUCCCUGCAAAAACGGAGGAAAAUGCGAGAGAAACGGUCCAGAAUCCUUCAAGUGCUCGUGUCUUCCGGGGUUCUCGGGGAAUCUGUGUCAACUUCAAGCAGAGUUUUGUGACCCGAACCCGUGCCAGGGUGAUGGGUUCUGUCGUCGUCGAGUCACCAGUCAUUUCGGGAAAGAUUUCACAAACUUCCGGAGAAUAUCAGCUUUCUUUCCCAACACCACCGUCGACUCUUUGGUCAGCUGUCGUUGUUCCCUAUGGUCUCGGAAAUCGUGCAAAAAAAGAAUUUCUCGAAGAACUGUUCAUUUGCUUUUGGAUGCGAAGUCCCAAAGGCAAGGUCGUUGAAAACUUGCAAGGAACUCCUUUUUCUUACUCCACGGAAGAUUCUCCAGACGCAUUUACUCUCAGCAACUAUAACGGAUUUGUGUUCAGUGUGAAUGGAGAAGAGAGGAACACUAAUGUGUCUUCUGGUGACGGUCUGUGGCAUCACAUGUGUGUCGGAUGGAGAAGUUCUGAUGGGACAUGGGCAUUAAUGAAGGACGGAGAAGUUGCUGAUUUUGGGAAUGGUUUGUCGGAAAAGAAGCCCUUAUCAGGGCGAGGUGUUUUUGUUCUUGGCCAAGAACAAGACACUAUCGGAGGCGGGUUUUCUUUGGGAGAGAGUUUUACCGGAACUUUGGCAAAACUGGAGGCAUUUAGCUUUGUACCGUGGCUUGCAAAUACCAGUUUAGCCUCUGGGCAGGUUUGGGGAAAUCCAGAAACACACUUCUUCAACUGUGAACUCGCUCCCAAGGGAGAUUUAAUGACCUGGUCUGAUUUCCUCGAGAUGAGACAAGGAAAUGUGAAGGUGGAAAUGGGAGAUUUAUGCUCUGGGUGCCCGAUUGAUUGGGUGCCGUUCACUCAUGGGAUUGCGUCGGAUAAUCAUCAAGGUGCACUCGGAAGUCCAGGAGAGGAAGUCGCAUUUUCCUGCGACGACGGUUUCCGGUUGAUCGGCGCGAAAGUGCGUCGGUGCAUGAUCAGCGGAUCCUGGAAUGAACCAGUACCUCGUUGCGAAAGGAUCCCUUGUGAGUUCUUGGGGCAGCCGAAAGAAGUGGAUUAUCGCCUCAUCAAAGGCACCAAGUACGAAUUCGAAAGCGUGGUGAGAUUUUCUUGCGUGAGUGGGUACUACUUGAAAGAGGAUCACCUGGAUCUGGAGCUCACUUGCUUAGCGAACGGGAAAUGGAGUGGGAAACCUCCGUCUUGCAUAGAUUCAUCAUCUGCGCUUUCCAAGGUGGAAAUGGGAGAUUUAUGCUCUGGGUGCCCGAUUGAUUGGGUGCCGUUCACUCAUGGGAUUGCGUCGGAUAAUCAUCAAGGUGCACUCGGAAGUCCAGGAGAGGAAGUCGCAUUUUCCUGCGACGACGGUUUCCGGUUGAUCGGCGCGAAAGUGCGUCGGUGCAUGAUCAGCGGAUCCUGGAAUGAACCAGUACCUCGUUGCGAAAGGAUCCCUUGUGAGUUCUUGGGGCAGCCGAAAGAAGUGGAUUAUCGCCUCAUCAAAGGCACCAAGUACGAAUUCGAAAGCGUGGUGAGAUUUUCUUGCGUGAGUGGGUACUACUUGAAAGAGGAUCACCUGGAUCUGGAGCUCACUUGCUUAGCGAACGGGAAAUGGAGUGGGAAACCUCCGUCUUGCAUAGCAAAGUCCUGCCAACUCGAGGAAAUGUCUUCGAACGUGCAAUUCGUCACAAAUUCCCAAGAUUCCGGUGGAAUGAUUUUAGUUGACGACGUAGUGGGCGUUGAAUGUCUGGAAGGUCUAUUAUUAGUUGGUAACUCUGCCGUGAAAUGCUCGCCUCGGGGCACCUGGAGUCCUCGGGUUCCAGCUUGCAUUCAACCCAGCUGCUACUUCGAACCCAAGAUACCAAAUGCGAAAUCGGUAGAUUUUGUCCCAGGAAAGUCGUUAACUUUGGAAUGCGAGCCCGGUUUUGAAAUGUUCGGCGAAGAAAUUGUAUUGUGCAAAGAAGACAAUCAAUGGCCGAUCGAAAGCAUCCCCAUGUGUGACCCAGUCUCGUGUCCUCUGAACUCAAUCGAGAUUUCGAAUGGGUUCCUUUCCACUUCUUCUGGGGAUUCUCUCGGGGAUUCUGCUACAAUCCGCUGCAAGCCAGGGUUCGAAUUCUCCUCUUCGCCUCGUCGCCGUCGCAGAACUUUGCGAUGCUCCCAAAACGCAACCUGGGUCCCAGAGAAACCCGGGGAAACCUUUCCUUCAUGUGCUGUAAAACCGUGUAGACGUCCUGAAUUUCGCAACGGCGACGUGAAAAUGAUCGCGGAUAAUGGACCAACUGUCGCGAUUUUUUCGUGCCACGAAGGAUUCACGCUGCAAGGAAACCGAAAACUGAAAUGCCCGGAACACGGAACCCAUUGGGGAGAUGAUGUGCCAAAAUGCGUCAAGUCUGUGUGUUCGCAGUUCCCGCCGGUUUUCAAUGCGAAUAUUUCGGCUGCCCGAGGGCCAUGGGGUCUGGGCGAGGAAGUCGAAAUUACCUGUCAAAAAGGGUUCUGGCUCGAGCACAACAUCACACACUCGAACACUCCGUUUUGCAGGGCCGAUGGAACGUGGGGGAGACUCUUGCCAAUUUGCCAUCCGAUUGAGUGCGAAAACCCGCCGAAUUUCCGCCACGCCAUUCUUGACACGCGUUUCACAGUUGCUCCUCUCAGCAGAGGAAAGAACCACCUUCUGUCAUCCAGAUUAUUUUACCGAUGCAAAGACGGCUUUUCGAUGCGAGGUGAAGAAGGUAUAAUUUGCGGAGAUGACAAGAAAUGGCAUCCAGUGGAGUCCCGUUUCCCAGAAUGCGUGCGGAAUGCGUGUCAGAUGAUACCGGAAAUGAAACAUCGCAGGUAUUUCCUUCGAAAGAUUUCCCCUGGGAUUCUUUCGGCUGUUUUCUCCUGCGAACCCGGGUUUCAGAUGCGCGGGGAUCCAGAAACCCUGUGCACGAAACACGGGAACUGGAGCCGGGUUCCCCCGACAUGCGAACCCAUCGAAUGCGACCCAUCACGAUUAGAGCUGACACUCAAGCAUGCGAAAAAUGUCACAGUAACGGGUCAUGGAUUGGGUUCUGCUCUCGUCGUGGAAUGCGACGACGGGUUCGAGUUGUCCAGUGGGGAUUGGCGACGGGUUUGCCUCGGGAACAACAUGUGGAGUGGGUCACCUGCGGAAUGCACACCCGUGGGUUGCCCUCGUCCAUCGAUAACCCAUUCGGAUGUCGCCCUUCCGUCGAGUUUUUCCUCUUCCGGAUUCAGUGAAGUCGGGAUGAAAAUUACCUUCGAGUGCCCGCCGGGUUUCAGGGCGAUGGAAAGUUUAACCCGAACUUGUUCCAUCAACGGGACCUGGCUUCCGGGGCCGGAAGUUCCGCAGUGCGAGCCUGUUGCAUGCCCUGGGAUUGCUUCGAUCCCUAAUGGAAGGGUAAUUGGCGGGGACUUCCGCUUCCGGUCGAUCGUGCAAUUCAGCUGCGACCUGGGCUUCGGUCUGACGAUCGAAAGCGGGUUUGCGCAGUGCUCUGCAAAUGCCACUUGGAUCCCGGACAUUCCUCAGGUUGUCUGCGAACAAAGAUUUUGCCCAAGACCUUCCGCACCAGAAAACGGAUACCUCCACUCAGCGGACGCAUCAAUCGGGUCAACCAUAAAAUUUGACUGUGACAUUGGCUAUCAGGUCAAAGGCGAAGACACAAUUACAUGUCUUGCAAAUGGUUCUUGGUCUUCAUCACUGGGAGAAUGUGCACCAGAGUUUUGCCAUCCCCUGGAAAAUUUUCUCAUAGAUUUUGACUGCAUCAAGGUUACAUAUGAUGAAGAGUCUGAUUCCGAAGGUAAUUUUCCUCAUGGUACCCGAGGGGUUUUGACCAAACGUCCAGGUUUUGUUUCCGAGCCCGACGAAAACUUGGUUGCAACUUGCGGUUCCGCUGGAAUUUGGCACAUCGAUUUCAAACCGGAACUUUUGAAAUGCGAGGAAAUCAAAUGCCGAGAGCCUUUUCCGAAGGGUCCCAAUUCAUUCCUGGUUUCAAAUCCGGAACACGAAUUUCCGGUUGGCACGAGUGUGACUUACCAAUGCGACCCAGGAUUUAUUUCCUCGGGUUCCCUGCAAAUGAGCUGCUCGCCAAAUGGUCAGUGGAACCCCGAAACCCCGCCAACUUGCGAGGAAAUGUCUUGCCAACCAUUCGACGUGAAGGACUUUGAAAAUGGGGGGUUUAAGACCAAAACCAGUGGAAAAUUCGUGGUGUUCGAGUGUGACCCGGAUUUCGAAAUGGUCGGAAGAAAUUUUUCCGAAUGUCUCAACGGGUCCUGGACCAACCCAGUCCCGAAAUGCGUGAAAUUUCCCUGCAAGGGUUUGUCCGACUUUCAGCACGGUACUGUUCUCAGCUGGACACCUUCGCAAAUUGACGACGGUGCUGAUUUGGAAGUCAGUUUCACCUGCGACCCGGGUUACUUUUCAUGGGAACGCUCGCCAAAAAUAACCUGCUUUUCCAAUAACGGGUCCUGGUCAGCCCAGGUUCCUUCCUGCAACCCAGUGACGUGUCCUCGGAUCGUGAAGAACCCCGACAACGGGGUUCUCUCGUCGAGUGGUGUCACUUCCGGGAAAUCGACUUGGCUCAAGUGUGACGACGGGUUUGUCGCUUUCGGGCCCUCCAAAGUCACUUGUUUGCAUUCUGGGAACUGGUCAAACGUCCUUGGAUCCUGUGUCCCCAGUUUGUGUCCGGAAACCCCGGAUUUAAGUCACGGAAUUUGGGAGCCAUCAGUUCAGGGAUCGGAAUCCUUGCUUGUGGUGCAUUCUGAAAUGAAGGGUUUUCAGCAGGGAACCAUUUUCAAACUUCGUUGCAACAAAGACCAGGGGUACCAUGCAUUUCAAAAAGAGGUUUCCAUCACCUGUGAGUCUUCAAGGUGGGUUCCUUCUGGAAAAGUGGCUUGUGUGGCGAAUCUCUGCGAAAUUCCGCCUGUCCCAAAAAAUGCUCUCGUCCACAAUCAAUCGGGCAUCAGCGGCAACACAUUAUUAGUCAAUCAAUCAAUCAGCUACCGAUGCAAACACGGAUUCAUUGCUGCCAAUGAUAAUGAGGACACAUCAGUAACCAUCAGGACCUGUUUAACAAAUGGCACACUUUCAGGAUCCGUGAUACGAUGUGAAGAGAUUUCAUGUCCGGAUUUGCAAAAAAUUACUCACGGGAACCUGACAAUUUCUGGUCGCAGUGCUUUUUAUAAAUGCGACCCUGGCUUCAAGCUGGACAAUGUCUCUCUAGGAGUCAAGGCUUGCUCGAUAUCUGGAAAGUGGAUCCCAUCCAGGGAACCAGAAUGUGUCAAGGUGACGUGUGAUGCCCCGAAAAUUCCAAACCACGCGGAAAUCGAGACCCAACAUCAUCAUCAUCAGCAGCAACAGCUUAUUGUCGAUGAAUUCCCAGUGGGACACGUGUUGAGACUGGCUUGUGCUCAGGGUUUUGAACCCAAGUUCCACGGGGUUCCAUCAGCAGCAGCGACAGGAACCAUGACUUGUUUACAGAAUGGAACCUGGUUCGGGACUUUGACGUGUUCGGAAACCGAGUGUCCAGUUUUGAACCAAACCUCUUCAUCCGGAGCGAAAAUCAACACGAUUUCGAGAAGCGUGGGAGGAAUCGCUGUGUAUUCCUGCGAAACCCCGGGUAUCCUGGAUUUUGAGGGACACAGUACCCGGGUUUGUCUUCCCGACGGUCAUUGGUCUUUGCCUGAGCCCAAAUGCAAACAUCCUUGUGGCACUGAGACUCCUACAGAUUUCGAGAACGCUUUUAUUAAGGCCUCAGGAAAUAACUGGACAAUUGAAUGCAAGAGUGGAUUCGGUCUUCGAAAUGGCGACGGCCGUGUGAAGUGCGCCUAUGACAGGGUUGCCAAGCGGUACGAAUGGACGGCUUCCGGUGAUUGCUCGAGAAUUCAAUGCGAAUUUCCGGGCGGAAGUGAAGAUUUUGACGAAGGUAGAGGAGUCGUGUCGAGGUCAGAAGACGUGUUGGUACACCAGUGCAAUUAUGGAUUUAAACUCAAGGGACCAGAGAGAAAGAUUUGUUCCCCGGAUGGGCACUGGACCCCGGAAGGUGAAUCGGCAGUGAUUCAACCCAGCUGCGAGCCGAUCAAAUGCGAUCCGCAAGAAUUGGCAUCGCUGCUGAAUAAUUCCUACAUUGUGGACACGGAUUACCCGUACGGGAUCCAUAACAUUCUUGGCACUGUCGUCAGAUAUGCGUGCACACCGGGGAAUCGUCUGCUGGUGGAUGAGAAAGUCAGGAAAAAAUCAAUGGCUGAAGCAUCGUCAGAUUCGAGAACCGCCUCGAGGAAUAAUAAGAAAAAACGCAGGAGGCGGAUGUUGGGGCAGAAAAUCAAGUGCGAAAGCGACGCCUCCUGGUUCAAACAGGGUCCUAAUUGCGUGCCCCACGACUGUCGAUCCCGACGCCCACCGGAUUUCCGGUUUACCACGCGGAAUGUCACGCACCUCAGAAAUGGACAAGCCGUCGCUGUUUACGCUUGCCUCGAGGGCUUCCGGCUCCGCGACACCGACACAAUCUUCUGUCGACACGGCUUUUGGGAAAAUGUCGUCAAAAUUGAGUGCAGCAGAGUUGUUUGCAAGGACCCUCCAUUAACCCUCCAUUCAUUCCUAACGGAAUUCGACGUUGGGAACUCGCAGAAUUCGGAUACUAUGCUAAUUAUACCUGUCGGCCAAAUUUCAUCAUGGAUGAGCCAAACGCCGCCGUAUUUUGCGCUGCCAACGGAACUUGGGUCGGCAAACUUCCAACGUGUCGACGGAAACCGUGUGCCCUUAGCUAACGGGAAAAUUAUCCUCGACAAAGAAAACUCGACAGUUUCUUACGAAUGUGACCUGGGUUUUUAUCUGUUCGGUGCAUCGAAACGCUAUUGCGACUAUGGAAGCGAAUGGAGUGGAUCCGCACCUACUUGCAGCCCGGUUCGGUGCCCGACCAUCGGAGCCCCGAAAAAUGGGUUCAUUGUCAGCCCGAACCACGGCUACGUUUAUCAAAGUCGAAUCGAGUUCGGGUGCAGCCCUGGUUACCGGCUGGACGGGUCCCGGGUUGCGGUCUGCGGGCCGGAUGGCAAAUGGAGUCCGGAUGUACCACUUUGUUCAGUUCCCAAGUGCGAUGCUCCUGAAUUGAAUGCCAAAGACUACGUAAUACCGAUGCCGACAAAAACUGGAGGAGGCGCUCUUCGGAAAAACAGAAGGCCAAGAUGGAAACCUGGAACCAGUCUAGAAAUCGAGUGCCAAAAAGGGCGUUUCACUUCCGGAAAUAUGACUAUAACAUGUUUUCAAAAUGGCACUUGGUCUCAGCUCAAAGGACCACGCUGCGGCAUCCCGAGAUUGAGGAACGGAGCGUAUGUUCAAAGUUUCUCUUUACUGAGGAAAGAUGUCGUGCGCUACUUAUGUCCAGCUGGGAAGAUGCCGUAUGGGUCUGAGUUGCUCAGGUGCCUGCCAGACAACACUUGGGACAGAGCUGGUUUUUGCGUGAAUCGACCAGCGUCGCCAUUUUGUCCGCGCAGAUGUCUCAAUAACGGCACCUGCACGGAUUUCUACAAGUGCACAUGUCCUCAGGGCUUCAUGGGCAAACGCUGCGAACAACCGGUAUGCGAGCCAGAAUGUUUAAAUGGAGGACUUUGCAUUCAACGCAACACCUGCUUUUGUCCGAAGGGAUUUGAUGGGAAAAUUUGCGAGUCACGUUUUCUGCUCCAAGAGAGCAAUUCGACCACGAUUGGAAUCAGUGGGUAUUUCAGACAAUUGAUGGGCCUGCAAAACAUGGAACAGCCGCUUCGUGCGCACGAAGCGUUUCUCUCUCGGGCAUCAGGGAGCAGGUGGUGUUGGCCGAGCUGCGUUGACCGAUAUAGUUGGUGCUUGGCCGCCAAGGAAGCCACAGCAGCUCAGCCUUCCAGAAAUUUCUUGGAACUGGAAACAUCGAAUUGGAAAGGCUUUCGAGACAGAGAGAAAACACAUAAACCGGAUUUCCUGCGACAGGAUUUAGUUCCGGAUCGCGGAACUAUAACCGUGAGCCCAGAGGCUAUGUACGAAGCAUGUGAUUAUUCUGGGAAAAGAAGAAAACAGCACAUGUUGAGUGAAUGCACGGGUACCAUGAAUAGGCAUCGCGGGAAAUGCGAAUCGAGGAAAGCAGUGAAAGUGAAAAUAAUAGAAGCGGACGAAAUGGCGCGGAAUUUCGCGAGCGUUGGGUUCCGAUUUCUGUUGUUCACAACAUUGUUGUUGUUGAGUGACGCGUCGCCGGUCGCCGUUGAUGAAGGUGGCGUCCCUCAAGCAGGAAACGAAGACGCCAGCAAGUCCCAAUUGGUCGCCUUUGAUUAUGGCAAACACGUGGACGCAAUCGCUGUCGAGUCUGCUGUCGACGAGGAAAAGGCUGCGGCAGCCAAUGACAUCGUUGACAACACCGACACUAAAAUCAACAUUGACAAGGAUUUGCCCGCUCUUGUCGACUCAAAAACUGAAAGCAGGCCCUCGACAGUGUCGCCAGGGCUUGAAAAGGAAUUGAAAUCCAUGUCGCUGACAGCGACUGAGUUGAGGUUGCCGGUUCGAAUGUUCCUGACAGCAAUGGGAUUGUCCAAGUUGGACGUGAAUGAUGGACGCAAAUUCACAGCCUUCAUGCCAACCGAUGACGUCUUCAAAAGUAUGAAAAUGCCAUUCCCCGUGCUGCUGUUUAAUCAUUGGCAAUGGAUCGCUACUCUUCCCACGGCUCACCUCGUGUCUGGAGAAUACACCACAGAUGACCUCAAUUCUGCUGGACGAGGAAUUACUUCGUUGAAUGGAACCCAACUCAUCCUCACUCCAUCUCCAGAUUCUACCGAGAAUCUCCCUGCUGAGUUCCCCGGCGGCGCAUCGACUUUCAUUUCCUCCUCUGACCUCAUUGGACUCGUGUAUCUCGACAGGUGGCUUGUUGAUCAAUGGCCAGCGCUUGCUCAGGACCAACAUAAGGACGAAGAAUGGCAUAAUCCACCUCGUGGAUGGAUUAUUCGUCCCAGCUCCUCAAUAGCUCCGUGGAUGAGGAAACUAAUUCAUGAGGAGGCUCGGCAAUAA